GCAGAGCCUCCGCUGCAACCCUAGCAUUUCUCUCUCCCUCAUCUCGGAAGCCCCCAGCCAUGGCUUCGCGCAGGCUCUUAUCCACGUUCCUCCGAUCCUCCGCCCGGAGAGCCAGCGGCAGCCGAUCGCCGUUCCCGGGCCCCAAGAGCUCGCCGAUCCACUGCCCGCACCACCGCCCCUCCCCCCUCGGGUACCUCCUCACCCGCGCGGCCGAGUACGCCACCGCCGCCGCCGCCGCCCCCUCCCCCGCCGCCCCUCCGGCCCCCGCGAAGAAGGAGGGCGGGAAGGGCCGGAUCACGGACGAGUUCACCGGCGCCGGCGCGGUCGGGCAGGUGUGCCAGGUCAUCGGGGCCGUCGUGGACGUGAGGUUCGACGAGGGCCUGCCCCCGAUCUUGACGGCGCUGGAGGUCCUGGACCACUCCAUCAGGCUGGUGCUGGAGGUGGCUCAGCACCUGGGGGAGAACAUGGUCAGGACCAUCGCUAUGGACGGGACGGAGGGUCUCGUGCGGGGUCAACGCGUGCUCAACACUGGCUCUCCCAUCACUGUGCCUGUUGGUAGAGCUACUCUUGGCCGGAUCAUAAAUGUCAUUGGAGAGCCCAUCGAUGAGAAGGGAGAUAUAAAGACGGACCACUUUUUACCUAUCCAUAGAGAAGCUCCAUCAUUUGUUGAGCAAGCAACUGAGCAACAGAUUCUUGUCACUGGUAUUAAGGUUGUUGACCUCCUCGCACCAUACCAAAGAGGAGGCAAGAUUGGACUGUUCGGUGGUGCUGGUGUAGGAAAAACAGUGCUUAUCAUGGAACUGAUUAACAAUGUUGCUAAAGCUCAUGGUGGUUUCUCUGUGUUUGCUGGUGUGGGAGAACGUACUCGUGAAGGUAAUGACUUGUACAGAGAAAUGAUUGAGAGUGGUGUCAUUAAGCUGGGUGAUAAGCAGGCUGACAGCAAAUGUGCACUAGUGUACGGUCAAAUGAAUGAGCCCCCUGGUGCUCGUGCUCGUGUUGGUCUUACUGGGCUGACUGUUGCUGAGCAUUUCCGAGAUGCUGAAGGGCAGGAUGUGCUUCUUUUCAUCGACAACAUUUUCCGAUUUACCCAAGCCAACUCAGAGGUGUCUGCUCUGCUUGGACGUAUCCCAUCUGCUGUGGGUUAUCAGCCAACUUUGGCUACAGAUCUUGGAGGUCUUCAGGAGCGUAUCACGACAACGAAGAAAGGAUCCAUCACAUCAGUCCAAGCCAUCUAUGUGCCUGCUGAUGACUUGACAGAUCCUGCUCCUGCUACCACUUUUGCCCACUUGGAUGCAACAACCGUGCUGUCUCGACAGAUUUCUGAGCUCGGUAUCUAUCCUGCUGUCGAUCCGCUAGAUUCAACAUCCCGCAUGCUUUCUCCUCAUAUUUUGGGUGAAGAUCACUAUAAUACAGCUCGUGGUGUACAGAAGGUUCUUCAGAACUACAAAAAUCUGCAGGAUAUCAUUGCUAUUUUGGGAAUGGAUGAGCUCAGUGAAGAUGAUAAAUUGACUGUGGCCCGUGCUCGUAAGAUUCAGCGAUUCUUGAGCCAGCCUUUCCAUGUUGCAGAAGUGUUCACGGGUGCCCCCGGCAAGUAUGUGGAACUGAAGGAGAGCAUUAACAGCUUCCAGGGUGUGUUGGAUGGCAAGUAUGAUGAUCUUUCGGAACAGUCAUUUUACAUGGUUGGUGGAAUCGAGGAGGUGAUUGCUAAGGCUGAGAAGAUCGCCAAGGAGUCAGCAUCUUAAGGAAAUCAUCCUUGUGCCUUCUCUUUUCUUGUUCUUUACUCUUGAUUAUUGUGAAAAUCAAUAAUUUAGGUGGUGCUGGCGAGUCCAGCAACAGGAGCUUUUUUUUCAACUAUGACUAGAUCUAUCAGGCAUUCCUGUUACUGUUUGACUUAUAUUUUUGAGUGUGAAGAGGGAAUGGAGUUGAGAUGA